CCUUGGAGCUUCCCGGACCUUUGAUGAUCCGUCACUGCCCAGAGCUUGGUCAAGGCCGUGGAAAUUUUCAUGAGCUCGGCUUAAGACGAGCGACUCCCCUAUCCCUCAAAUAUUUAUUGCUCCAAGUCAGGCGACAUUGUCAAUUAUCGCAAAGGACCCCAGUUAAAAAUGCUGCGGCAAAUCAUCUCCUCCGGCCCCGCAAGAGCUGCAAGCUCAGGUCUAAGGCUGGCCGCUCAGAAACCUCUAUCCAGACCCCAAUUCCGCCAACUACCUUCAAUAUCAGCGCGUGCAAUCCGGCCAGCAGCCUCGAGAUGGUAUAGUGCCGAGGCGGAGUCAGCAUCGGGCGCCGCAAAGGAGGGCUCGGAAGCGAAGUCGCAGGCCGAAUCGCAAGCCAAAGAUGAAGGAUCGGACGCGGAGGCAGCUCUUAGGAAGCAGCUGGAAGCCAAGGAAGUGGAGGCAAGAGAGUGGAAGGACAAGUGUCUGCGCUCGGUUGCAGACUUCCGGAAUCUCCAGGACCGGACCCAGCGUGAGAUGAAGGCAACACGCGACUUUGCGAUCCAGAAGUUCGCCAAGGACCUAGUGGACAGCGUCGAUAAUUUCGACCGCGCCCUGGGCAUGGUAUCGCAGGAGAAGCUCAACGCUGAGGACAAGUCAGAGGACCUGCAGGAGCUGUCCAACCUCUACGACGGCCUCAAGCUGACCGAGGAGAUCCUGACCUCGACUCUCAAGAAGCACGGCCUCGAACGCUUCGACCCCGAGGGAGAGAAGUUCGACCCGAACGAGCACGAGGCCACGUUCAUGACGCCGAUGCCGGACAAGGAGGACAGCACCGUGAUCCUCACGCAGCAGAAGGGCUUCAAGCUUAACGGCCGCAUCCUCCGGGCCGCCAAGGUUGGCGUCGUGAAGAACAAGUAAUGGGUUCUAGGAUCCAGGGGAUCUUAGCGCCCGUGUACCACUACUACUGUUUUAUAUAAACCGAUACCAUGACCACCGGCGUUUAGGUCUGUGUAUAAUGCUCCUCUCAUGACGGCAACUUGGUGGCAUAAGGAUAAAAUCAUAGCAACGGCCUGGAAACGGUCGUACAUAAUCGAUGUAUAUAGAGCACCUCCUUGGUUAACCGUCCACUUUUAGACACGUGCUGGAAGUUACUACAUGCUAAUCAAACCCGAGCUACAACCUACAGCCACCCUU